AUGGGCCCACCUGGGCCACCCGGAAAGGAUGGGGCCCAUGGGGAUGCGGGAACGCCUGGUGAUGAUGCGGAGAGUCCGGUGCCGCAGAAGGGGCCCCGUGGACCUCCUGGAGAUGGUGGCGAUAUCGGACAACCCGGUCUCCCUGGUCGUGACGCUCAGCAAGGAUCCCCUGGGCCGAAGGGAGAACCCGGACAACCUGGAUGGACCGGUGCUGCUGGAGCUGAUGGAGAUGAGGGAUACCCAGGAUCCACCGGAAACCCAGGAAAAGACGCUCAGUACUGCAAAUGCCCGGCUCGUCGCGAGGGCGGAGAAUGGGAAAAGCCGGAAGCGAGCCUGGCCUCUUUCACUUUUAAACUUGGACAACCACUUGAGCAACACCAAGCGGAAAUCAAGCCACAGACGACAAAUAUCGAUUUUGCGCUCCAAAAAAUGUCUAGGGGCCCCAAAGUCGAGAAAAUUCGUGCAAAUCCCCUCCAAAAUGGCCGCGAAACCAACUUUGAUCUGGAAGUGGCGAUUGGGGGAAGAGAAAGCGUCGAAGCCACUAGUGCUCGACUUCCAAAACCAAAUUUUAACACUGCUAGCUGGCAUACGGUAGAAAUCGGAAAACCACUGGAAGAAGAGUUAGAUUUGAAUAUUCUACUUGAGGAUGAAAUCGCUACCGUAUCCCGUAUCCUCCCGGAAAUUUAUAAGCUCGUUGGGAUGAUUUUCGGGUUGAAAGAGCCGAGUUACGAAGAAAUUGACAGUGCAGCAAAGAUUUUCACAAAGAACGGGGAUAGUGAAGCCCAGGGCCCUACCGUAGUCUUGCCAGAAGAUUUGAAGAAGUUUCUGAAGAAGCUACGC